CCUCCACGCGCAUAGUAGCAGUGCCUAACCAGCGAGCACGGCGGACGACGGUCGUGACGCACCAUCGGUAGACCAUAUAGAGAGCUUGCGAUCUCGCCGGUGUGUGUAAGUGUGUGUGUGCGUGUGCGGUGUUUGUGCUUCGAUUGACUUAUCGUAAUUUUUUUUUUCUCACCCGGCUUGCUUCUCCGCACCCGUGCGCAUCGACGCCCUAGCCCUUCGGACCACUCGACCGGAUUUCGAAUAUUAAUUCCAUUUACGAAUUAAACAAUAAUAUUAAAAUAUUUAUUAAUUUAUCGUCGUUCUUAUUAUUAUUAUUCGUAAAUCGCCGAUUUCGCCGUGCCACACCGUAGUCAAUACGAUAAUUAUAAUAUCAUAUUAUACCUAUAACAUAAAUCAUUAACCGUUUACAAAGACGUGCGUUGUUCGUCAGUAAAGUUGUAUAGAAUAACAUAAUAUUAUCACCCUCGUCRUCGUCGACCGAUUUCGUGGGCGCAUCCGUAGAGAGUGUGCGUUCGUGUAAGCAUCAGCUAUAACUUCAGCUUCGGGACACGGGACCUACCCCGGAACGCGCUUCSACUCACUGCUUUUGACGAGGUGAAUGACACCGUGGAAGGGGUUAUGAUUGGGAUGGAGCUGGGUUUGGGGCACCAUGGCGGCUCCUUGCACCCUCACAAUAUGCCACAACAUCAAAUGCACUCGCAAGGACUUAUGCAUCAGACACAACAGCAGAUGCACCACGACGAUGCUGGAUCGGGAAACAUUAGCAGCAGUAGCAGCGUCAAUGGUUUUUCACAAGAAGGUCACGGUGGUGUAAAUCAACUGGGCGGAGUGUUCGUAAACGGCCGACCGUUACCGGACCUGGUCAGGCAGAGGAUAGUCGAACUGGCUCACAACGGGACCCGGCCGUGUGACAUAUCCAGACAGCUCAGAGUUUCUCACGGAUGUGUUUCAAAAAUCUUGUCCAGGUAA